GUUGGUACGCGUCUGUUUCAACUCCCAGCCUGACAGAAUUAUUAUUAUUUUUUUUUUUUCGUGUAACCACGCCUACACAGUGGCUGCCAAGGCUUACCCAUGAGUUAAACCUUCUUUAGUUGAUAAUGAGGAAGGCGUGGGCUCUAGCAGUGGACACCCGAAGGCAGCAGUGGGUGAAAACAAGCAAAAUAAAGAAAAGUUUGGCUGUGAGAAGGUGCUAAACAGCCAGCCAUAGUGACGAGGAGGCACCACCACCAUCACCACCACAGGGAAGAAUGAGUGUCCCACCACCAGAAUGUUUGAAGAGUCCUAUGCAUGUCCCAAGCAAGCUGUUGAUGGGUCCUGGCCCAUCCAACAGUCCACCACAGGUCCACCAGGCCAUGCUCAAACCCCUCCUGGGACACUUGCACCCAGAGUUCACUCAGAUCAUGGAUGAAGUGAAGGAAGGACUGCGCUACUUAUUCCAAACAAAGAGUGAUGUGGUGUGUUGUGUGAGUGGCACAGGUCAUGCAGGGAUGGAGGCCACUAUGUGUAAUCUACUUGAGCCAAAUGAUGUCAUCUUGAUCGCCCAGAAUGGGAUCUGGGGCGAGCGUGCUGCUGAUAUGGCAUCCAGACAUGAGGCUGAUGUUCGUGUAAUAAAGAAACCUGCUGGAGAAAUCUUCCAGUUGGAUGAGUUGGAGGCAGCUCUCAAGGAACACAGGCCAGCUGUUCUCUUUCUUGUCCAAGGAGAGUCUUCUUCAGGUGCCUUGCAGCCCAUCUAUGGAGUGGGGCCACUGUGCCAGAAGUAUGGAGUACUGCUUGCUGUUGAUGCUGUGGCCUCACUUGGUGGUGUGCCUUUCUUCAUGGACCAGUGGGGCGUGGAUGUGGUCUACACAGGCACCCAGAAGGUCAUCUCAGCCCCUCCAUCCAUGGCUCCCAUUGCCUUCAGCGACAGAGCUAUGGCAAAAGUGAGAGCACGCAAGAAGCCCAUUCGUAGCUUCUAUGCAGACAUAACCUGGCUGGCCAACUACUGGGGCUGUGAUGGAUCCCCUCGCAAAUAUCACCACACGGGUCCAGUCAGCUCAGUUUAUGCUCUGCGUGAGGCCCUGUCCCUGGUGUGUGCCGAGGGUCUGGAGUCCCUUUGGGCACGCCAUGCUGCUUGUGCUCAAAGGCUGCACGAUGGUCUGACUGCCCUCAAUCUGCAGUUGUUCAUCAGUGACCCUGCCAAGAGAACACCUACAGUCACCACCAUCAAAGUCCCUGAAGGAGUGGAUUGGAUGAAGGUUACAAAAUACUUUAUGAACAAGUACCGAGUGGAGAUCAGUGGGGGGCUGGGGCCCAGUGCCGGCUUAGUGUGGCGCGUGGGACUCAUGGGCUACAACUGCACCUCAGACAAUGUUGACCUUGUUCUCAAAAUCAUGAAGGAAGCACUUGACCAGCAGUCCAUCAUCACCAGCAAACUCUGAGAAAUACUUUACUCUUCAUUAUGUCAAUGUGUGAUAAAAGGUUCACUAUUCUCAUAAAAAUAAUUUGGCUAUUAUGUUAGGCAUUAUAUAAUCAAGUAACAUUUUUAUACAAUUAAUACAUUUUACUUGUGAAUUAUGAAAGAUUUUAUAUGGUGGGGGUGGUGAGCUCUCAUACACCUCAUGAGGUGCAAGGAGGAUUUUAUUUACUUCAACUUAUAAGUACAGCAGUAUUUCAUGUAGUGAACCACAAUAGGGUCCAAAUCUUAAUCUUAGGUUCUAUCUAAAGUUGCUCACUGCUUUAUACUAGAGCUGUGUGUUGCAUUGACUGUAAAAACACCCACCUUAACAUAUUCACUGCCAUUUUAAUGUGUACAAGAUGUUGUAGACUUCAUGUUGUGCUGCAGCACCUGCAGUGUUGUGUAUGCCCAUUCCUAUGUUCCUGCUGACUGGACUUUAUGGCAGUUCAGUGGCAGGCUGAAAGCAGUGACACAAUUAAGAUAACAGUUUUAUGUAGUGAUAAACCCUCGCCUCUUUCAUAGCAGUUCUGAACAAAAGACAUCAGAAUGAGGGAAGCCACAUGAAGACAGUAUGCUUACAUGUGUACAAAACAUAUCUACCUAUUACCACUACCCAUAAGGUUACCUAGUCUAAUUCUGCAGCUUUUAUUAACUGCUAACAGCUUGAUAAGGUUAUUUCAUCUAUCAACUCUGAACCCAUUACACCUACUCUUAUUCUGGUUAUUAAUCCUAACAUUAUGUAUUUCAUAUAAUCCUUGUCAUAUGCUUUAUGCCACUUAAACACCUCUAUCAGAUCACCUCAAUCUACACCUUUCUCUAUAAUCUCUUAACAAAUAUUUUGCAUUCCUUGUGUCAUUGUAAGCACUAACAAAUGUAGGAUAUCCUUUCUAUAUAUAAUAUAGGGACCAUAAAAUCACUACAUGAACUAGAGGAUAUUCAUCUCAUCUAUGUCUGCUUGACAGGUCCAUUGGAAUCUAGCCCAAUUCACCUUUGGAUCACCUUUAAAUUUACUAAUAUUGAUACUAAUUCCAUUAUCUAAAUCAUUAUUACUCAUUAAAAAUGAGUGGUCCAAAAACUUGUUCUCAUUGUACUCCACACACACCACUCUGAUUUGGAGUAUGAAUUGUAACUCGGUUUCCUGUCACAUGACUAUGACCUAAUCUAUGUUACCUUAUCAAGUAUGCCUAAUAUCUACAGCAUCAUAGACUUGAAUAUUUGAGAGUCUAUAAUAUAAAUAGUCAUGUUUGUAAGUUCCCCUUCAUGAAGCAAUCCUGUGAAUCCUUUAUCAAAUCUAUGAUUAUAAUUGCAUAAAUUCAGAGAAUAUUACAGAUAAUUUUAGGCAAACUAUAUUAAUUUGUCCACAACUAAAGUCAGGCUGACUGGGAGAUAGCUCAACAUUAACAUUUUAAUCUCCUGUCUUAAAAAUGGAAACUAAAUUUUAUUUGUUGCCACAUCAGUGGCACCUCUCCUGAAGACAGCUGUGAUAACUCACAAGGUUACAUUAUAGAAAUUGCUAGUAAGUUAAAUAAUUGCAGUAUCAUUAAACACUGCUUUGAGGAAUAGGAUAAGAGUUGAGUGUACAAGUUUGGUGAGAAGAGAACUAGACAAAGACAAUUUAAAAAUGUACGAUGAUGGCAGUGUGUGAUUGGGUGAUAAAAGUCAGAGAUCUGAAUGUAGCUGGUUGAGUUUUUAAAGAUGGACAUGAAAUGGAACUGGGCACGUCGCUAUUAGAUCAACAAAGCUGGCACAUGCAGCCAUGAAGCAUGAUGGAGUGAAGUCUUAAGAAGACAGAUUUGAUAAUAUUUUGGCAAGUUACCAUUGGGUGACUAAAAUUGACCUACACAAGUACAUGAUCUAUGGAAAAGCACUAAUAACUUAAUUUACUAGACAGAAAGACAGAAGAGGUAUGUUUAUUUUCUUACUGUUCAUGAAAUGUUUUAAGGCUUUUUAUGAAACUGGAGAAGUUUGAAAGAGACCAUUAUGAAUGCCUCAUGAGUCAAGGUUCCGUCCAGAUAGGUCUAAGUCUGUCAAGUACGCAGCUUUUCGUCAUUUGAUGAAUUUUUAACCUUGCCAACACAAUGUAACUUGUAGAGUUGUACUAAAUUUACGAGGAAUUUUUUUGAACAUCCUAUCAGGUAUGUUUAUGAUGAGCAAAAGUUGCCAACCUUCUGUGCUUGUUCUUAUGGUUUCUUAAAGGACAUGCAAACCAUACCAAAGUACAUUAAAUUCCCAAUAUCAGAGAAAUUAUAUUAAUAAAUAAUGGUGCUAAGAAAUUUUUGUGGAUAAUAAAGAUUGGUGCUA